UCACUCUCAUACUCACUUCCUCUCCGCGAGCCAGGACUGACAACAACUUUAUAAGCACCAGAGCGCUAGACAUCACCCGGCUGCUGCAAGGGAUUUUUGCACCAAAUUCCUCCCCAUCCAUUUCCUUCUAAAAUACUAUCUAAGCAGUCGAAGCGCCCCCAGCCCCGGGGGUCUGGCCCUAUCCAAGUUCCGUUUCACGGUCCGCAGUGAGGCCUGCGGCCACGGGUCGAAGACCAUCUCCAAGGUAGCUGCCCGCAGCCAAGGAGCCCGGGGCUCUGUGGAAUACCUCUCCAGUUUCAUCUCGGUUUACCCCACCCUGCCCAAUCCCCAGCAGUCUCGAGGGCGUAGAGGGGGCAGCAGGAGGCGGAGGAGGAGGAGCCCCGAGGGUAAGUGAAAUUAUUCCGUGCCGCUUUUCCGCUCUCCGGGCUUUCUCGGAGGCUGCCUCUGCUUCCAGGCUGGACGGCAUGAUCUCGGCUAUAUCUCAGCUUGCGCGCUGGCGGCCGCCUAUUCCGGGGAGUCUCUGGAAGAGGCAGCUUCCUGCCGUGAGUUUUCCUGCGCUUCAGCUGCACACAACCAGCAUGGCUAUGCGUGUCAGCCAAGAAGACUUUGAAAAGGCAAAGGAGCAAGUGAGCCUCUUGAAGAAGGAUCCAGGAAAUGAAGUGAAACUAAAACUCUAUGCCCUGUUUAAACAGGCUACUGAGGGGCCGUGUACCACACCAAAGCCAGGUAUGCUUGACUUUGUCAAAAAGGCCAAAUGGGAUGCGUGGAAUGCUCUUGGCAGUUUGCCUAAGGAUGCUGCCAGGCAGAAUUAUGUUGAUUUAGUUUCCAGUUUGGUUUCCUCUGAAUCUUUGAGCCAAAAGAAGACUUCUUUUAAUGAUACACAAUCUGAAUAUAAAACCCUGAUAGUCACCAAGGAAGACAAUAUUACAAAGAUCAUGUUAAACCGUCCUUCCCAGAAAAAUGCUAUUAAUAUUCAGAUGUAUAAAGACAUUACACUAGCCCUCGAAGCUGCAGAAAAGGAUGACUCGUCCCUAACCGUAAUCACAGGAAAUGGUGAGUAUUACUCCAGUGGGAAUGACUUAUCUGAACCUCUGAAGAUUCCACCAGAUGAAAUUCAAAAGAAACUUGAAGAAAACAUGCAGAUACUAAGGACAUUUAUUGACCAUUUUAUAGAUUUCUCCAAGCCCCUAGUUGCACUGGUAAAUGGCCCAGCUAUAGGAAUCUCAGUUACACUUCUUGGGCUAUUUGACAUCGUAUAUGCAACUGACAGGGCAACAUUUCAUACGCCAUUUAUUCAUCUGGGCCUGUGUCCGGAGGCAUGUUCUUCUUUUACCUUUCCAAAGAUAAUGGGUUCAGUCAAGGCAGCUGAGAUACUUAUUUUUGGAAGGAAGCUGACAGCCCAAGAAGCUUAUGCUCGAGGACUCGUUACUGAAGUUUUUCCUGAGAGCACUUUUCAGAAAGAAGUUUGGACCAGAUUGAAAGCAUACUCGCAACUGCCCCCAGUUUCUAUGAAGAAAUCAAAACAGUUAAUUCGAAGUUUUGAAAAAGAAACACUACACAGAGUGAAUUUGGAAGAAUGUAAUUUACUUCAAACACGAUUUACCUCUGAUGAAUGCCUGAAUGCCAUUGUAAACUUCUUAAAUAGAAAGUCGAAACUCUGAUUGUUUUGAAAAUGAAGAUCAAACAUUUCUGAAGCGAUGGUUAAUUUCUUCUUGUUUAAGAUACAUAGGCCAAACUCAGGGUGCCGUGUGCCUUUAUUAAACUACAGUUCUGAUGAUUACA